AUGUUAAGAGCAAUACUGAUAUUAUUUGUAUUUAUAGGCUGUUCUUACUGCUUAGAUAGUAAUGAUUUGCUUGUAGAAGAAACAAGGGCAAAAAAUAAGAAAGAUAGAACUAAAUUGUUAGGUAUGAUACUCCUGUUUAUCUUCUCCAAAGUGGCGAUAUUUAAAGCGACUUCUGCAUUCUUCAUGAUGGCGUUCUUCCAAAAGCUGUUCUAUUUGUUUGUUCUAUUCCUGAACUAUUUCCUAAAAAGCAAGUCUCCAAAACCCACACCAUCACCUGUCUAUGGAGCGCCUUCAGACUACAACACAGUCGAAUACAGUUAUGGACCAUCAGAACACGAGUCGUUACGUUCUCAAGACAAUGGCUAUCCAGGCAUUUUUGAAUUUGGAGGUGCCUUUGACUGGCUUGUAAAUAAAAAUUUCAAGGGAUAUAACUAA